AUGAUUAAUACUUUGCUGAUUGAUAAUAAAAUUUGUGCCAAUGUUUGUCCAACUCACUUUAGAAAAGUAUGCGACUCAGUUCAAGAAGAUUCAUGUACAGGAUGUUCGAUGCCAACUUCCCCUGCAUUAUUCGAGCUUGAAUUUUGAAAAAUAGAGGAUCUAUCAGCAACUUAUAUAGCGAAUAAGAUCGAUCCAACUGAUAAAUGGGCUAAUCCAUUAGGAACUCCUUACAGCUUAGACACCAAAACGUCACCAUUUCCAACAAGAAAUCGUGGGUUUUAUUUUAGCUCAACUUCAUCUAUGACUAGCAAUCAGAACUACAUUCCAGCACUCUAUUUUACAUCAAAUGCAUGAAUUUUACCUAUUUCGACUGGACAGAUAUUGACUGCAAAUUUAGACUCAAAAAAUUACAUAGAACUAAUAUAUAAUUCAGAUAUUUUUACUUUUAAAAUUUUAGCAAAAAGUGCAAUCAACAUUGAAAAUCAAAUAAGCGUAAGCAGUGAUAUCAUUGAUAGCAAUUGGCAAUAUAUAUCAAUCCAAAUUAAUCAAAUAGAUUGUGAUGUAGUAAAUAUAACGGUAUCUAGAAAUAAUAUUGAUAGGUGAACUUCAAAAUGGGGCAGUACAAUAGCAAAUUUUGCUGACGGGGCUUAUACGUGGACAAUUGGAAAGUCAGAUUCAGAUUCUUUUUUUGGAUUUUUAUAUUGAAUUGAAGCAACAAAUAGCUUGAACUCAAAUUAUUGAAUAUUGGAUACAACAAAUCUAUGCAGCAUUCUAAACUAUUUUGGCCAAUGUAUGAAAUGUGAUAAUGAUUCAGGCUGCCAAAAUUGACUUUGCUCGACUGGCGAAGACGACUGUUCUAGGUGCUAUUCAUUGGAAUGUUCAGAGUGUUAUGGAUAUGCUGAAAAUAUGUGCACAGGAUGCAAAACUGGAAUGCUACCUUAUUGUUGUGAUUGACUUGCAAAUACUUGUAUUUCAACAUUCAAUAGUACUUCCUGCAGUGAAGGGACAGUUCUUAUUGAUGGAGUUUGCUUGUAUGCUGUACCAUAUGGUUUUAUUAAUAAUUCACCGGUAAAUACACCUGUUAUUAACGCUGAUUUUACUAACUCACCCUUUUUUAAAUAAGCACAAAAAAAAAUCUGUUCUAAUUUUACAAUGAAAUUAAAUUUUCUCCAAUUUAAAGGGAGAGUAAAAGCUUUGCAGGAAUUUACGAUAAUAUUAUGAUUACUGGAGAAAGUUCAUCUGCCUAUAACUACUGAAACUCCCCUGAAAGCAUUGAUCCACUUCCUGCAAAGCAGAGAGGGCUUUAUUUUCUUCCCAAUUCUUAUUUGAAAGCUACAAUAAAUCUUUAUCGUACAUUCACGAUUGGAGCAUGGAUUUAUCCCAUCAGUGGAUAUUAUAUAACAUAUACUGAAAAUCUCAAAGUGCAUUCUGAUGGAACAAUCGAAAUUAGCAUGCAAAAUUUUUUGGGUGAUUAUACCGCGUAUUCCGCUUCAACAUCACCAUCUCUUAAUAAUUGGAAUUAUAUUUCAUAUAUAAUAAAAUACCGUGAUGAUGGAUCUUCAUCAAUUACUCCAUAUAUAGAUGCUUCUGCUGAAAAUUCAUAUAUAGUUCAAGAAGGCAUUUUUCGACCCAUAGCUGGAGCAUCACUUUACCUUGGUGCUGAUUUUAAUGGAUUUAUAAGUCUCUUUCAAUUGUGGCAAACCGUAUUUACAGACUUUCUGUCUUUUCGAGAUUAUUUCAAUGACGAUCAAGGAGCAUUUUCCUUGUGAAGUUGUGAUUAUGGUUUCUAUUUUGAUGGGAAUUCUUGUAAUAAAUGCUUAGACUCGUGCCAGAGUGGCUGUGUUAAAGCAGACUCGUGCAAUCUUUGUGCAACUGAAUUUUGUUUGGAGUGUUCAUCAUUUGAGCCUAAUUCUUGCAAUUCAUGUGAACAAAAUCGAUUAGGUAUUCUAUGUCAAUGCGAUAUUGGAUAUUAUCAAGCCGCUGGACAAACUGCAUGCUCUCAAUGCUAUACUGGAUGCUCCAACUGUAGCGGAUCACUUUAUUAUCAGUGUACAUCCUGCAUCUCAUAUUAUUAUUAUUUUGUUGCAGCAGGGAGUUGCUUAUCUGAUUGUCCUAUGGGAUACACUAAAUCGGUCAGCGAAUGCUUAUUCGAAUCUGAUAUUAUUUUCGAUUUAAAUUUAAAUACUCAAAGUGGAAUUAUCUAUGAUAGUGUAAGUUCAAUUCCAGUAAUAACAGGGUCAUCUGAACAAUUUUAUCCAAAUUAUGAAGAAGAUGAUCCAAAAAGUGCAUAUUUGAGAGGCUUUUAUUUUAAUGGAAAUUCUUCUAUAUUGAGAUUGCCUGAGUAUAAAAAUUAUAUAUCACCAAAGUUAAGGAUUGGACCUAUUUUUAUGAUUUCUAUAUGAUUAAAUGCUGAAAAUGAAAGCUGCACUAUAAUGUCAAAAAAUAAUAUUUCUGAAAGUUUAGGUUUAGAAUUUACAAAACCAUUUUAUGGAGGAAUUAAAGCUCAUCACACUAGGCCUUAAAGUCGUUAUUACUCACUUCUAGCAAUAGCAAGGAGAUUUAUCUUCGCAUUUUAUACCCGCUACCUUCUUUAGGGUAUAGUCUUCAGUACCAUAGCACCUAUUAACUUGCAUCUCCUUCAUUUGAGUACAAUGUGCUGCAGACUUGCUCAUAUCUUGCCUUAGACGAUCCACCUCUCUACCAAAUUUGAAGCAUGUAGAGACUUGGGUAGCUUACACUGCCCUGUCUUCUUCCUGCACAACUUGAAGUCGGUCCAUCACCAGUCAUCUUAUUCCAGAAUCCCAAGGCCCGUUGACUCGAUGAUAUGACUUGGCAUGAGGAAAGAUGCUCUUCUAAGGUGCAAAAUCUCACUGGGUAGAAAAUUAGCCAAAAUAAAAGUAGCUUACCCCCCCCUCGUGAGUGAACAAAAAUUUUGUUCACUCACGGAGGGGGGUUAAUUUUUUUUUCGAAAUUUAUAAAAAUCCUAAUUCGCAAAAAAUUGAAAGCAAAUAUUAAUUUAAUUUAUAAAAUUUAUGUUUUAAAAAGCAAUUUGUUUAAAAUUAAACAGAAAUUAGCUCUAGAUUUCAUUAUAAUAAUUAUCACUUAUAUAUCAAAUUUUUUUUCCAUAAAAAAUUUUUCUAUUAAAAAAAAUUUUGUUCACUCACGGAGGGCGGGUUUUUGGGCAAAAAAUAGCGAUUUUUCUAAUGGUUUUGUUCACUCACGGAGGGGGGGAGUUAGAGUCGGCCGAGCUACGCAUAUUAUAGGCCAUAUUUUUCUUGAUAUUUCUGAUAACUAUUCAAUUGUCUAUGCUAUCACUUUAGUUAAUGCAAUGCCAAUUUUAACGUUUUUAAUAGACAAUUCUAUAUUUAUUUAUUCAAGCAAGAUAUCACUUCACAAUUUUGAAUGAAAUCAUUUAGCAUUUAUAGUUGCAGUUGAUACUAGUGGGCAUUCUGUUGCAACAUGUUAUGCUAAUACUAAUCAAGAUACUCCGUAUAUUGCUGGUUUUGGAUAUUUUCAAGAUAUUAAUUCUGACGUAGUUACUCUUAUUGGUGCUAGGCAGAUUUCCCAAGGAAUUGGAGACUUUUUCCAAGGAUUUUUGUAUGAAAUAAGAAUAUAUAAUAAAGCUUAUGAGAUUGGACUCUUAUCACAAACAUCAUGCUUGGAGAACUGCAGAGUUUGCAAUAUAACUGGGACAUGCAUACCUAAUUGCAACAUCACUGAAUCUUGGGAAGGGCCAGGGUAUAAUAAUUGUCUUAAAUGCGAUUCAAGCUGCAACAACAGUUGCAAAGACACCAAGGAAAAUUGCUUAGUUUGUAAGAUUAAGAUUAAUAUUGGCUUUAAAUGGAAUUAGCCACUGACUAUUGCCUUUUCUUAACUCCAAAAGACCAAGCCACCAUAAACUUCGGAACCAAACGAGGAAAAAGGAGCCUACCAUUUUGAGUGAGCUACCUCUAGAAAGUAACUCGACAGCCUGGGAUAAAAAGAAUAUGUUGGAUGGAUCCAAUCUGAAUGCGCUUCCGGAACCACCAUCUAUCAAAAUCACAAUUUUAUUUCUUUAGUUUCUAAUGAUUCCUUAUGUGAUAUUUGCUCAGAUAACUCUCCAAAUGAAUGCAUAAGUUGCAAGCCAAAUGCUUCCCUCAAAAAUAACUCUUGUGUCUGCAAUAUUAGCUAUAAUGGAACCACAGCAUGCACAUAUGUUUCAUUUUCUGUUAAUCUCUUAGUUUUUUCAGAUGAUACUUUAUCCCUCAAUUUUUCAGAUCCUUUGCAGUACACACUUACAUUAGAUGAUUUCAUAAUAUGAAUUGAAAAUGGCCCAGAAAUCACUUGGAGCCUCGAACAAAUAAAUAAUACUUAUUAUAUCAUUCCAACACAAAUUAAGGACAAAAUUGAAAAAAAUACAAUAGUCAAUGUAAAAUUUUUUGAUCUGUCCCAGAUAAGGUCAAUUUAUAAUGGGAUUUUGGACUCUUCUACGAUUAGCUCAACACUCAAUGAAUACGACCCAAAUUCUUAUAGUAUAGUAGUAGCUGCAAUUACUGCAAAAGUAACAACAACUGUUGAAAGUGCAGUUAUUGGAAGUGUAGCUCUAUCAUUUUUCAAUCCAAAUCCAAGCUCCUUAUGGGGUUUAUUGAAUUGCUUACAAAUUCUCAGCUAUUUAUCAUUAUCAGGAAUUCCUUUUUCUGAAAAAAUAAGUGAGUAUUUAUCGAAUUUAAAUUCAUAUAACCUUUUUCCAAAUGUUUUUGAGUAUUUAAUAGAUGAAAAAGAAGGCAGCAGAGCUUAUGAUGAAGCAAGAAAUUUUGGAUAUGAUACUGAUUUAAUUUUACUGAACCAAGGCGAUGAUUUUUUUAUAAUAGUUGCAUCAAUAAUUUCACUACCAUUCGCUAUAUACUUUGCUGAUUGCUCGUAUAGAUUGGUUGGUAAAAGAUUUCUAAGAAUUUUCAAAAAUUAUAAAUAUGGUUUCUAUAUAAGAUUCUGGAUACAAUGCUACCUUGAACUUGGUGCUGCUGCACUUGUGGGCCUAAAAAUGUUUAAAGUCAAUAAUUGAAUUCAAAUAGCAAAUAUCAUUAUUUGUUUUAUAGUUGUUUCGCUGUUUAUAGUUUCUCCUCUUGCGUUUUUGAGAUUUUCUUAUAGAAAUAGAUUCAAAAUCCAAACCAAAGAAAAAGAAUUCAAUUCUUUAUAUGAUUCAUUUUUUUAUGAAUUUCAGACUGAAAGAGGACUGCUCUAUUCCCUUUAUUAUUUUGUUUACUUUCUAAGGAGAUUUAUAUAUGCAACAAAUUUGGCGUUUUUAAGUGAGAGCCCAAAGAUGCAGAUUUCAAUUAAUAUUAUAUGCUCGUUGCUCAGUAUAUUUUAUUUACUCAUUUAUUGACCUUUUGAAGAUAAAAUUAUUCAGAUUUCAAACUUGGUGAGCGAGAUUAUGAUUGGACUAAUUAUGUUUAUCACUUCAUUUUACUUAUUUGAUAUAAGUCCAAAGAUGAUAUAUUAUACUGAAAACUGUAUUAUUUUUAUUUCUAUUAUAAUUAUUGGAACACAAUUAUGCACAUCUAUCGCUAUUUUUGUAAGAACUCUUCAUCAAAUUCUCAGAUAUAAGCUAAAUUUAUAUGGAAACGCUAAAUUAAGUAUUCACCCGAUGGAAGAAAUUCAAGAAACUAUGUAA